AACCGGUGCAAGUGCAACAAUUUUCGAGACCGUGCUAGUUUCUAGUCUGCAGAAUGGAGGAAAAUUCGAUGCCAAUUUUCAAAAGAAUUACCUUCGCCCAAACCAAUCCGAUUGCCGGAAACAAGAAACGUGUCUGGAAAUCCUUGAAGCAGAUCGUAGCCGUAGAAAGGACGCUUCCGUGGAAGGACACUGAUGUCACAUAUUCGUCCAUCAAUGCGCCUCCAUCGUUUGUGCCGGCCAAAAAAUAUUCGGACAUUUCUGGCCUGAUUGCUCCAUAUACCGAUCCUCACUCUAAACUACAAUACCACAACUCAGAAGAAUUCCAAACGGUGCGAAGCCUUCCGAUGGAUUUGACAGCCGGUUACCUAGCUUUACGUGGGGCAAGUAGUAUAGUUUAAAAUUUAAUUUUUACAAUAAGCAUUUUGUUUCAAAACUA